AUGGCCAGCCUUCAAAGAUCCUUGUUCCUAUUGACCAGCCAAUGCAGAUCCAUGCCCAUGCGCAGCCUGGGUCUUGUUAGACACUACACAAGUGAAGCUACUGAAUCCCUUCUCGAUCAACUCAAGCAGGAUCGCAAGACCUUGAUGCGUGAGAAGAAGCAGCCUGACCUCAACGUUGUCAAGAGUGUCUUGAGUGACUACACUUAUUAUAUCAAGUCACCAAACGCUGUCCCCGGUCAGAGCGAGAAUGCUUCCGUUCUGUCGGUCCUCCAGAAGGGCAUCAAGCGUCGCCAAGACUCUGUAGCCCAGUAUGCUGCUGGCGGACGACCUGAGUUGGCCGAGCAAGAACAAGCCGAAUUGGCUGUAUUGCAGCGUUACUUGCCUGCCCAGAUGUCUGCCGAAGAAAUCGAAAGCCAUGUACGUGCCUUGGUGGCUGAAAUCGGUGCAACCACAGCACGCGAUAUGGGCAAGGUUAUGAAGGCAUGGACUAUUGAUGCUUCCAAGGCCGAUAAGAAGACAGUGAGCGAUAUGGUCAAGAAGGUUCUUGGUGCAUAA